AUUUGAUAGUGGGAAGUGCCCGUGCACCGGUGUCUCCCUGGCUGCGCAAGACGCCAUUUUGGAGUGACAGUGAAAGAUAACGGAAAGAUCGAGAAGCUGUCUUUCUAAAGCUUCGUCACCAUGGGGAAUGUAUUCGCAAACUUAUUCAAGGGCCUGUUUGGCAAAAAAGAGAUGAGGAUCCUCAUGGUCGGGCUUGAUGCUGCUGGAAAAACUACCAUCCUAUACAAACUGAAGCUUGGAGAGAUAGUCACCACCAUUCCCACCAUUGGUUUUAAUGUUGAAACUGUAGAAUACAAGAACAUCAGCUUCACAGUGUGGGACGUGGGCGGUCAGGACAAGAUCAGGCCGCUGUGGCGCCACUACUUCCAGAACACUCAAGGGCUUAUCUUUGUGGUGGACAGCAACGACAGGGAGAGAGUGAACGAGGCGAGGGAGGAGCUGUCCAGAAUGCUUGCUGAGGACGAGCUCAGAGACGCUGUGCUGCUUGUUUUUGCAAAUAAACAGGAUCUCCCCAAUGCCAUGAACGCUGCAGAGAUCACAGACAAGUUGGGCUUGCACGCCCUCCGCCAGCGCAGCUGGUACAUCCAGGCCACCUGCGCCACCAGCGGGGACGGCUUGUACGAGGGCCUGGACUGGCUCUCCAACCAGCUGAAGAACCAGAAAUGAUCCAUUCCACCAGUUUUGAUUUUUGUUUGUUGUUUAUUUUUUCUGUUUCAACACAGCGGCAGCACCGGAUCCAGACCCCCUCGCUCCCAUCUAACCCAAACCUCGACCCGAGCUCUUUCUUUCAAGAACUUCCUCCAUUCCCUCCUCCUGCUUUUCCCCCUCGUCAGUACUCUUUGGGGCUCUAGCCUGUGCUGCUUGUGUGUGUGCGUGUGGGCGUGCGUGUGUGUGUGCGUGUGUUCCUCGUGUGUUCAGCGAGUGUGUGUGGGUGUGAAGGCGUCUCUGUGUAUGUUGGCUGGGAUUGGGAGUAACCCUGGCGUGCCUUUUACACACCUCCUGUGGAAUCAGCAGUCUGGUUUUCAAGCCCCUCUCUCCAUCCACCAAACUCAGCCCCCGCCCCACUCAGCCUGCCCCCACUCCAAGUCUUGCACGGCCCCCUUCUCCCCCCCCCACCCUUACUCUCCAGAGGAAGCAUGGUUUUCAUACGGCAAAGAAAGAGCAAGGGUGCACGCUCUCCCUACCUCCUCUCCCCCUGCCCCCCCUGCGCUCCCUUUAGUGUAUAUCUGUGUUAAGUAGAAACGUUCACCUCAUGUAGACUGAAUGCUAAAUGUUCAUUUUAAACCUUUUUUUUGAUUUUCAAAACCUCAAACCCACCAGUAAGAGAUUCAGCAAAUUGCAUCUUAACCUGUAUCAGGUCGAAGCAAAUCAAAAACUAGAAGAAAAAAAGGACAAAAAAACAACAACGCCCAUCCUCGUUCAUUCUGGUGUCAUCUGAAAAUCAUGCUGUUUGUUUUAUUCUUAUUAUAUCGGACUGUAACAGAAUAUUCUGACUGAACACUACCUUUGGCCCCCCCUCACCCCCCUCCCCCUCCCAACUAAGCGAGACUGAAGCACAAGGCAAGCCAACAAUCUAUAAAAAUGUAAUCAACUUAAAACAAAUUAGAACCUGCGAGUAUAUGCAAUUGAAAUCUUUUUUGGUAUUUGAUGUUUAAUUCCCUGGAUUAAAAUUUAGAAAAACACCUUCAGUAUCCAAAUCAUUCUGACAGUGUUCCUACUCCACAAACAAAAACAACAAAAGGUGUUUGGGCAUUUCACAGACAUCAGACGGUUAACUGACGCAGGUGUCCCGAUUACAUUCACGAGCUUCACAUGUUAUUCCUUUAAGAGAUGUUACAUGUGUGUGUUUUUUUUUCUGUAACUAGUUUUAGCAUUUCUAUUUGUACUUUUGACUGCUGAACCAAAUGCAUCCGAGCAGUAUGACAAAUCCUGUAUUCGAGACGUAGAGAGUCCUCCAGGGCCCGCUUUUGUUUUUGACUGAACGGUCCUUUUUUUCCUCCCAAACGGUUGGCUGUUUUACUCUUUAAAAAAAAAAAAAACAAUGUGAAAGCAUCCACAUGUCUAAGUUGUUCCUGGUUGGGAUGAAGGAUUGGCACCAAAUAUGAAGGCUCUUUAACUGUGAAUGGAAGAGAGAGGAAAAGCUAGUUGUAAUGUCCGGGUGUUUACAGGCUACUACUACUACACAUCACAGCCCUGCAUUCUUCAUGACUGUAAAGACAAACAUAGCAAAGCUCUCUCUCUGUUUUCAGCAGCUCGUCGGCGAGCUGAAGGACUCGGUGGUAGGCCUGUUGAGGGGGUGAAAAAAAAAAAAAAAAGAAGGGCGUGCAGUUAACUGGUUGCGUGAUUCAGCAGGCGUUCUCAUUGUGGAACCGUGGGGGUAAAGCUGGCACUUCUGUCAAGAAUGAUUGUAAAUCUGUAAGUUCCCCUGUAAACUGUUUCUGUGGGGAUUUCCUGAACACAUUAAUAAACAUGAUUUGAUCCAACA